AUGAAUAUCGACGAGUUUCUUGCGAUGGAGCCGAGCAGCGACCUUGACGAGAUUGUCGACCUCCGCUCCUUGGACUAUGUUUCCCGGUAUGACGAUCAUCUCAUGUGUGCAAUAUGCCACUGUCCAUACAUACGCCCAGUGAGAUUGCAAUGUGACCAUGUAUUCUGUCAGAAAUGUCUGAACACUGCUAUCACCACCUUUGCCACCGGUCGAGACGAAUUCAAAUGCCCUACCUGUCGAGCGCCAGCAAAGGGGGUUUACCUUAACGUCCCUCGGUUCUUGGUCAAUAUGUGCGACGAUAUACGGGUAAAGUGCCCUUUUGAGGUUGAAGGUUGCAAGGAGAUCGUUCCAAGAGGCCAUAUUCAGUCCCAUGUCGACAAAUAUUGCGGCUACAGACUUCUGGAUUGUCCCAAUGUCUUCUGUACGAAGAAAACUCGAAAGAAGGACCUGAGCGCAGAAAACAAAUGCAUGCAUGAGCUUCAUAAAUGCUCACGCUGUGAUGAGGAGAUCAUGGAACAAGAUUAUCAGGAGCAUGUUCAGGAACUAUGCCCGAGCUUGAAAACUACAUGUCCUGACUGCGAGGCUACGGUAUUCCGCAAGGCUUUGAGAGAACACAUAGAUGCAUGUCCUGAGGCGAUCCAUAGCUGCGCAGCAUCUAAGUACGGGUGUCCCGUCAAAGUUAAACGAGCGGAGUUAGUAGUGCAUGAGCAGAAUUGCCCAUUGAUAACAAUGGGUCCUUACUUUGAAGCUCAGAAUGCUCGACUUGAUUCCAUGGAGUUGACUAUCCGUCAUCUCCAACAGCGCAAUGAGAUCUUCGAGGAUGGACUUGCGAGCAUUCGGUCUACUCUUGUCGAAUCGUCUCGUGUUAUGUCUGCACGGAACCUGGACAUGCCGGCUGAGUCUAAUAGUCAGACAAGACCGUCGAACUCAUCUGACCCGGCAAAUGAACAAUAUGACAAUUCCAACGCCUCGUCUAAUGCGACUACCUAUCUUCUUGCUCUCCAUGAGUCUCUUCGCGAAGAAGUUGGGCAGUUAUCACAUGCAAUCACGGAUCUAGAUGCUCGCGCUAGCAUGGCGAUCAUGAACGAAUGCCUUCGAUUAAAAGAGGAUAUGGCCCAUACGAAUGCUGCUGUGAGUAGCAUUCGAAUGCAGGUGCAAUGGCUCAUGAACCCUCGCAUCCACCAGGGCCAAGGCCAAAGGACAGGGGUUCGUACCAGCAGCAAUAACGGCAAUGAAACACGAACCGGGAAGCUAAGCUCCUCGGCGUCAGGACCAAGCAAUGCUGCUGCGCCAUCUCCGGGAUUUCUUCGGCCCCGAAGACUCAGCGACGGCGGACGCGAAGGGACCAAACUUUGA